GUCAUAAUAACUUUGAUUUCAAAUCGAACAACUCAAAUAUUUUUUUCACGCUCCUAUACAAUAAAAUAUAUACAUACAAUUUAAAUUACGCGCAUUUUACCUGUUAAUCGAUAUGUGGGCAACCAAUUUGCUUGUGGUCACACUGUUGCUGGUCUGUCUGGCGGCCCUGGCAAACAGCUGUUCUUGCGGCGAGGCGGCGAAUUUGGACUGCGGCUGCACAAAACCUCACUAAAGAUCGAAUUUAACUAAAAAUAUUUCACAAAUAAUUGUAAAUAUAUAAAAUAUAACAUAUUCGUUAAGAUGACAGACGUUACGACAACCAGCGAGGGAAAUUCAAACAGCAGUGAAGCUCUAGCGGAGCAACAGCAACCGACACCAGAAUUUUUGCAGAGAAAAAUAUAUUUUCUGGUUGACCAA